GAUUCGCUGUCCAUUGGCACUCGUGUCAUCUUACAUUUCGUCAAAAUGGUCAAGUAACCGCCAGUGCGGACUCUACAAAAUUUCUAGUAUAUAGAUUCGUCAUCGUCGCCGACAAAGAAGUAGAACAGUGCGGUAAAGGUCUUCACAAUUUGCAUUUGUCGAAUGCACAAAUGGGGAUUCUACGUCAUCGGAUUAUCCGCAUUCACGAUGCAAUCCGUGUCUAAACGUCGAGCAAAGUGAGAACGGCUAAUUACGAAUUAUGGUAACGCGGUGGAUAGAAUGCCGUCUGUUGUCCCACGAAUCUCAUGUCGCACCUGAGCCAGACACCGUCCGAGGAGGCCACACUGCUAGCCCGGGGUUACAAGCUGGUGAGGAAGCUCGGCGAAGGUUGUUACGCAAAGGUGUACUUAGCCGAGUAUAAGCCGGAACAUGAGUCGGAGAAAAAUAGCACCUUGGCCUGCAAGAUUAUCGACACCGCAAACGCGCCAAAAGACUUCGUUCGGAAAUUCCUGCCUCGCGAACUGGACAUUCUGGUGAAGCUGAAUCAUCCGCACGUCGUGCACGUUCACAGCAUUUUCCAGAGGCGCACCAAGUACUUCAUAUUCAUGCGCUUCGCCGAGAACGGUGAUCUGCUUGAUUUUAUCCUGAAGAACGGCGCGGUGGCGGAGAAUCAGGCCCGCGUGUGGUUCCGGCAGCUCGCUUUAGGUCUUCAGUAUCUACAUGAGAUGGAAAUAGCGCAUCGUGACAUCAAGUGCGAGAACGUUCUUCUCACGUCGAAUUACAACGUCAAACUGGCGGACUUUGGUUUUGCUCGUUACACGAUCGACAGCCGUGGUAAGCGCGUUCUGAGCGACACGUACUGCGGCUCGCUGUCGUACGUGGCACCGGAGAUCCUCCGCGGUUACCCGUACAAUCCGAAGAUAUCCGACAUAUGGUCGCUGGGCGUGAUCCUCUACAUACUGCUGAACAAGGCCAUGCCGUUCGACGAGGACAACAUAAAGCGUUUAUACGAGCUGCAGAUAGCGCGCAAAUGGAAAUUCCGCAGCAAAGUAACGGAGAGUCUGACUGAUCGCGUGAAGAAGCUCGUGACCAGUCUGCUCGAGCCGGACGUGUCUAAACGCUGGCGUUUGGAUCAGAUCGUGCAAAGCGACUGGAUCGCCAUGGAUCCGCGCCUUCUGGUGCUCACGCCAGCGGAGCAGAUCGCGCUGAACAACGCGAUCGAGGAGCGCAAGAAACACGAGGAGAAGUUUGCGAGGAGGGAACCGGUACGGGCUGAGAGCCCAAUUGUACAAUCGUUGCUCCUAAGCAUUCUUUAUAAAUCCAAGUGCCUCUUAGUAUCGUUUCCAUCAUACAUCAUGCUGAUGAUGCGUAGCAUACUGCUGGUCAUUUACUUGGUGUACACGCGCAUCUUAUCGCACAUUCGAUUGCGAGACUAGCCGAAAUAAUUUUUGUGAUACGCGUUUGCCAUCGAGCGUGUCGAUUUUCUUACGUUUCGUAGAUCAAGUCUAUAAUUAGAGAGAGAAAGAGAGAGCACGCGUGCGCAAGUGAUGUCACAAAAUUACGUGUGACCGAUUUUCAGAGACGGCACAAAGUCGAGGAGACAAAAAAGAUCAACGAGUACAAAACCCACGAAACGAAAGAAAUAAUGGUCCUCAAAGACGCCGCAAAAGCGACAGUUUCCACGAUAAUGACGAUCAAGGCUUAACUUACAAAUUGGCCCUACCUGAUCUCUGUAAUAUUCGCUUUUUU